AACAAUACAAUAGAAGUCAUUCUGUACAGCACGACGACUUACCGGUCGCACUGACACAGAUACCGACUCCGACAGACAAUAGGCAAACGAAGGAAAGGAGACAAGGACGAAUAACAGAAACCGCGGCAACGCUUGGUUUGUUCCUUUCUUUUCCCGGCAAGAAAGAUGAUGGCAGUGAGGCACCGAGCGGUGGCCCUCGGGGGCAAGAGGAUGGCGGCAUCGAAGGCACCGGUGCCCUUCCGAUCGCCCAUUCUCCGGGGCUCUGGCGGCGGCUUCUCGACGUCCGCGUCGCCCCCGCCGCCCGCCUCCUUCUUUGGCCGGAUGUGGGCCAGCUACACGGAGGCACUCAUCGCCCGGCCCCUCCUGGUCAAGGGAGGGGCGGCCUCGCUCAUCUUUCUGGUCAGCGACAGCGCAACCCAGAGGCUGAUGAACGGUCCCGAGGCGGAAUGGGACGGAUCGAGGGCCCUGAGCGGUGCGGGCUUUGGGGUGGUGGCGACCUGCUGGCUUCACUACUGGUGGGGCUUUCUGGAGGUCGUCGUCAACAAGCGGCUUCCGACCGGGGCCUACGGGCAGAACAAGUUCGUCAACGCACUCGGAAAGGUCGUUGCGGACCAGCUGGUGGGCGCCCCGCUCUACAUCUACUCUUACUACUGCGUCACCCAUUUUGGGAAGGAGUGGAUGGCGAUCCGGGAGGGCGCCGCCGGCACCGACGACGACGACACCGGUCCCGACGGCGGGGAAGCGGCGGAACCCUCCGGCGACAGCCUUUCCUCCGCGGUGUCCCUCAUGAAGGACACCUCUGACCGCGCCCUAGAAAUGCUUCCCGACACGCUCCUGCGGCACUGGACGCUCUGGCCCAUUGUCCACACGCUCAACUUUUACUACAAUCCCAUCCACCACCGCGUCCUGGUCCAGAAYAUUGUGCUGAUUUUCUGGUCCGGCUACCUCAGCCACCUCAACAACGGCGGGCUGGACCUCGUUACGCCGGAAAAGGAGGUCGACAUGGUGGUCGAGAAACACCAGGCCGAGAAGCGGGCGUAGAUCACGACGGAUUGGGCCGCGCGAUUGCCCGGCGGCAGCGAGGACACAACAUGGAUCGGGGUGACCGGGUUGCCGAAAAGCCGGAUGCCAUGUCCUCCGAUGACGCAUCGAACAUCUCUGGGUUGCCAGUCGCAGGUACAUCCAAACUUUGAAAAGAGGGCAYUCUAUUCGGCGUCAAUCACGCGAUCCGAUUCGAUGCGAAAACAAAAUCGAACCAACAACGAAAMGAAACACAAUUGGCCCKGGGGAAUGAUCCAGCUAGCUCGUGUAACAAGACCACAGCAGAAAGAUAGAAAUGCACGGGCGKGAUACCUUGGGCWACAGAAGAAUUCAUUCAUAYCAUACCGUGGAUUGGGACGACGGAACAUGCGUCGAAACCACCGACCAAUCCAACCACCGUCUUCAGUCGUGCGUUGCGGUAUCCAAUUGACGUUCAUGGUUGCAAAAUCCCGUGCCCCAUCCCYACUCACUCCAAUCCAAGCUACUGUAUGUUGUAUACUGAUUUGAGGAAAUCUUUGGCUGCUUUUCUCGGUUGGAAUAGUAUUAGCACCGAAGAAAUUACUAKUACGUGUAAUUAACAAACCAUACAAAC